AAACAACUUUAAUUAUGUGGAUGUGGACUAAGGCUUUGGCAUCUAACACUACUAUCCCUAGCGUGGUUUCUGGGGAUUUCAAUAUUAUAGGAUCGGUAUUGGAAAAAUAAAGGGGAAGGAGGAAGAGUAUCAAACAAACGGAGGAAGUCCAGGGUUUGCUGAAUAGCUGCAAUUUGAUAGAAAUGGAGAUUUCAAAGGCCCAAGGUUCACGUGGUCAAACAAAAGGCCAGGAAGGCGAAUGUUCAAGAGAUGAUUGGCCAGAUUCUGGCUAACCCAGAUUGGCGUAUGGCAUUUCCUUAUGCCCAAGUUAUUCAUGAAAUCAGGAUGGGGUCAGAUCAUAGCCCCAUAGUCAUUGACUUUGGUUUGGCCCAAAAGAGGACAAGACGUCAGUUCAAAUUUGAGUUUAUGUGGUUGGAAUCAACCCAGUGUGAAGAAACAAUCAAAUCAACUUGGCUACAUAGCACAAGGGGUUCCAAUAUGUUCAAGGUUUCUAGAAAGCUAAAGUUUUGCUGUCAAAAUCUGAAAGCUUGGAGUAAGAACAAGUUUGGGAAUAACAGGGGGAAGCUAGCUGAACUUAAAAAACAGCUAGCCGUGAUCCAAUCAAAAUUCAAGGAGUGAAUUACUGACAGGAGGAGAGAAAAGGAGAAGCUCUUCAUAAAUAGAUUUCAGAGCAAGACCCUUGAAAUGUUUCAGAUAUACC